CUUCUUCUACUACUACUUGGUGCAGAGGCAUCGUAAAAAGAAAAAAAAGAGAAAACGGUGGUAAAAAUCCACCGGCGAUGCAUGAUUGGAGUGGCAGACGGUGAGAUGCAUGCUCUGGGACGAGUGCGGGGAUGAUAUUUUGUUCGUCUUGAGAGAGGAAGUGGUGGGAUUGAGGAGGCAGAAAUAUCGCCGCGCUGCUAGCCGCCGCGGCGAGGAGUUUUACGACGGACAGCAGUCGCUUUGCGUCUUAUGUAACUGACGGCCCGAGCAGCGUCGGUGAGGGAAAAGAGAGGAUCCGCUGAAUGAGAGGGAGGAAUGAGACAGGGGAGAAAAAAGAAAAAGAGAAAGAGGAGAAAAAAAGGAAAAGAGCAGCAUGGCAGUUCACAUUUAGCUUAGGACACCCAAACGCAACACAAAUACAAAUUGGGGGGCUGCUGCCGGGGGGGACGACCACCGCUUUGAUUUCACACUGAGUUUGGAGAAAACAACCGCCGCGGAGUGACUUAGCCGCCUCAAGUAGGUUGUUAACGUGGUCGUGGACUCUGACAUCCGUGACUGAGGACCUAAACCAGAACUGAGCAUAUAUAUACAUACCAGGGGAGAAGAAGAAGAAGAAAAAAACAGGACAGCAAGACUGGCAGUGGCAUUAUAGUACUUACAUGGAUGUACAACACAGUUGAUCAAACUCAAAGCUGUUCUGCCCAGCUGGGAAGCAUAAGAGGAGCGAGCGUCCUGGACCAGAGGCAAGGCAGCUCCAUGCCAUUUGUAGCUGAAGACCUUUUUUUUUUUUUUGUUUUGUUUUUUUCUUUUUUUGAACAGAAGUCAAACGAGCUGAGAGAGUUUGGUUUCAUGGACCUGUGAGGAGCAGCGUGGAGCUGAUCAAGAGAUGGAGGGAUACUAGCAGGGAUCCGGCAGCCCGGGUUCUGCUUCGCCUUAACCUUGUGGAGUACAGAGGGCCAGUAGCCGGACCGCGCUGCUGGGCGGACUGGUGCGGCGCGGGCUGUGAGGCGAGCCCCUUCCACAGAGCUCAUGCCAAAACUCAGGAGUCAGCCAUGAUGUUUUUAUAACCUGAUGAUCAGCAGAGAGAUGGUGAGGAAGAAGAAUCCCCCUAUCCGGAGUGUGGGAGGCGAGGAGGAGGAGGAAGAAGAGGGGAGAAGGCCAGCGGGAGAGGAAGAAGAAGAAGGAGAGGAGGAAGGCCGAGUGGGAGCGGAGGCUGAGCGGAAAAACCGACCCUCGGAACCGGAGUCCUCCGAGCGGGUCAGGGGAGACGAGGAGCAGGACGAGGAGGAGGCCGAGAGCGAUUGCAUUUCCUCGUCCGUCUCGCCCUCGUCGGUCGGCGAUCGCUAUGGUAAUGAGGAGCGCGGGGGGAGGAGGAGAGCAGGGGGGAGGGCGAAACAAUGCGAAGCGGCGGCGCCGCCACUGGCCGACAGGCCCGAGAGCCGGUCGGAGCCCGAGGACGGAGAGAAAGGGGCGGAGGAGGCCGUGAGGGGCGACAGGGACCGACGGGAGGCAGACCGCCUCACCCCUCCCCUCCUCGCCGCCCCCCGCCUCCCCCCCAGGCAGGACGGAGGGGAGGAGUCGGCGACCGACACCCCGCCGCUCUCCUCCAGCCCCUCUCCCAAGCUCCAGGACUUCAAGUGCAAUGUGUGCGGUUACGGUUACUAUGGCAACGACCCCGCUGACCUGGUGAAGCACUUUAGGAAGUAUCACCUGGGCCUGCAUAACCGCACGCGACAGGAUGCUGCCCUCGACACACACAUCCUGGCCCUGCACAACAUGGCCCCCCAACACACACCUCUAGACACACAGGCAGGACAGGGGCAGAGGAGCCAAGCCAAAGAGUUGGGAAAGAGCAGAUCAGACGUCCAGCAUCACAGGACCGUGAUGAUGAAUGGCACCUAUGACGUCCAGGUGACGCUGGGUGGCACUCUCAUCGGAAUCGGCCGGAAGACGUCGGACUGCCAGGGAAACACUAAAUACUUCCGCUGCAAGUUCUGCAACUUCACGUACAUGGGCAGCAACUCGCUGGAACUGGAGCAACAUUUCCUGUCCUCCCAUCCAAACAAAGUCAAGACUCCGCCGACCACGCCGCUGCUGGCCGCCAACAGCCUGCCGGCUCACGACGGCCACCCCAAGGGGAGGCUUCAGAUGCCGGACGGGGUGGCGGAGCGGGUGGCGGUGAGAGCGGAGGACGAUUCCUUGGUGGGGUUCUUCGUGCCGGUGCGGGCGUGCUUGGAGCCGCCGGGCUGGACGGGGGAGGCGGUCCGGGCGGCGCCGCCGCAGGCGUAUUACUGGUGUAAGUUCUGCAGCUGGAGCUGCGAGUGGUCCGGGGGUUCGGCCAGGCUUUUGGAGCACUUCGAACAGAAACACAGGAUGAGCGCGGGCGGGACCCCGAGCCCCAACAGCUCCAACCCGCCGGGGAUCGACCGAGAGAGAGGCGGGAGGAAAGACGGAGGGGAGAGAGACCACGGGGCGUCCAAGGGCCGCAAAGACCAGUCAUCAUCCAUCACCAGCCAAGGAGACCCGAACAGCAGCGAUUCGGAGGCGGUAGUGACCAGCUAUAACUGCCAGCUGUGCGAUUUCCGGUACUCGAUGGCCCACAGCGCGGACGUGAUCGUGGUGGCGCCGUUACUGCUGCACUACCAGCACAACCACUCCAUCCACCGCUGCUGCAUCCAGCACUGCAUGUACUGUCCACAGGGGCUCUGUCAGCCGCAGAAGCACCUGGGGGAGGUUUCCCACCCGUUCGCCUGUCGGAAGUCCACCUGCCCGAAAUGCUGUUCGAAGUUCCCUCAGUCCACCAAGCAGCAGGACGCCAUCAGUUCGAAGCCAGCGACCGCCACCUCGCCCAAUCCGCGAUCCGACCCUGCUGCCAUCUCCGCUUCGACCUUUCACCCCUCUCACCCCGCCCAUCCUGUCGUCACGCAAGGCGUCACCCACCUGUGCGACCAGUGUGCGUUCGCCACCACGGACAUCGACGUGCUGCUGCAACACUAUGAGAGCUGCCACACCCCCAUCAACCUGAAGGGGGGGUCCCCGCACGUCAAGGCCGAGGAGGAAGCCGGGGGCGACAAGGAGGGGGGCAGAUUGGGAGGAGAGCGGGAGUACUCCUGCACAAAGUGUCACUUCAUCACCGAGGUGGAGGAAGAAAUUUUCAGACACUACAGGCGCGUCCACGCGUGCUGCCGUUGCCGGCGCUGUGACUUCACGGCCCCCGACUCGUCCGCCCUCCUCGACCAUUUCAACUCGGCCCACUGCCACGACUCGUCCCCGUCGUCGGGCUCGUUCGCCGCCACCACCUCCCUGCCCGCCUCGCUGACGCCGUCGCUGACGCUCUCCGCCAACGGCUGCUCGGCUCCCUCCACCUUGGCCAUCAAAGAGGAGAGCAAGGGGGACAUCCGCCUCCUGUACUCCCUGGCGCCGCCCGAGGGCCGGCUGGCGGAGGGGGGCAGGGAAGAGCCCUGCGGGGCGGUGAAGAGCGAAGGGGGUGAGGAGAAGGAGAGGGAGAGGGAGAAGGGCUGGGUGCUGGGAGAGACCAGAGGACUCGGAGAGAGGGGGGGCGAGCAGGCCCACGGUCUGCUCUGGGUGCCCAAGGAGCGGAUGGGACCCGACCGAGGGGCAGGAAGCGGCAGCCCCUCUCUCUUCCCCUCCCCCCUCCCGCUUUCUUUUGUUCCAGCCAACCACGACGCCUCGCAGCAGAAACGAGGCGUGGCCUCACCUGGCAUGGUCUACCUGGGAGACACCAAGGCUUUUUUGGGAGAUACCAAGUCGUUUUUGGGAGAUGCCAAGCUGUAUGGAGGUGGGAGAUCAGGAGGAGCUGUUGCAGGUGGAGGAGGAGGAGGAGGAGGAGGAGAAAAGCAGAGCCACAUGCCGGCCCAGCAGUACACAGCAGGAGGACCAGGAGGAGGAGGAGGAGGGGGAGGAGGACAGGAAGGGAAAGGAGGAUCCACAAAGGAGGAGUCCCAGUCUCUACUCAGGCGGCGGCGUGGCAGCGGAGUUUUCUGCGCAAACUGUUUGACCACCAAGACGUCGUUGUGGAGGAAAAACGCUAACGGAGGCUACGUCUGCAACGCAUGUGGUUUAUACCAAAAGCUACAUUCGACACCCAGACCUCUGAACAUCAUCAAGCAGAACAACGGUGAGCAAAUCAUCCGACGGAGAACCCGAAAGCGCCUCAACCCCGAUUCCCUGUCGUCCGAAAACCCCGCCCCGAAGCAGCAGCGAAUCACCAGCGAGGAGCGCAUGAACGGGGACGAGUCCGACCGAAGCUGCCCCUCCGUCAAAAGCCAGCAGCCGUCCCCUCGCUCGCGCUCGCCCCGAUCCACUCAGGCCUUCUUAGCCAAUCAGACGCUGGAGAUCCACAGACGCAUGCCUCCGCUCCUCCUCCCCUCGCACGCUCCCACCUCACUGGUACCUGAGGGCAACGGGCCCCUUGCUGACGGAGGGAUGCCGUCAAAAGUGGAGGUGGGGAAAGGAGGAGGCGGGUCAGAAAGAGGCAGUCCCAUCGAGAAGUACAUGCGUCCGGCCAAGCCGUCGAGUUACUCGCCUCCCGGCUCGCCCAUCGAGAAAUAUCAGUACCCUCUCUUCACCCUGCCCCUGCCAUUAACGCUCUCUCCCGAUAUGACGCCUGAGUCCGACUGGCUCAGAUUCUGGACCAAGUACAAGAUGGCGGCGGCCGCCGGGGUUCCUGGUAGCAUCAGUAAUCUGAGCAGCCCCGGCGGCCUCGGGAACAACGCCCAUUAUCUGGGUGCGAUGGUGACUCCAGUGCAGCAUCAUCAGCAGAGCUAUACUGUGCCUUACUGCGCCUCUCCCUACUCCCCUCUCCCGCCUCCUCCAGCGCCCGCUCACUACCCGCCUCCUCCUCUUCACACCCAGUCCUCCUCGUCCUCGUCGCUCGAGAACGAGGCUCCUUUGGAUCUCGCAAUAAGACAAAGAGACUCGGGCGCGGUCAACGCGCACGUGUCGUCAAACGGCGCGGAAAGGAGGAGGCAGGAGUCUCCUCUGACCGAGAAGUUAAGAGGGAACUGGAGGGGAGAGAAAGAGGAGGAGGAGGAGGAGGAGGAGAGGACAGAUGAAGGAGAGAACCCCAGUGAGGAGAUAGGGAAGGAAGUGAAGGAUGGUUCGAUAAAAUGUCAAUCGAGCGUCUCAUCGAAUCGCAAAAUGGUCGACGUGGCCACGCAGGAUGACUUCACCAACCGCUGCGUCCACUGUGGGAUCUACUUCCUGGACGAGGUCAUGUACGCCCUGCACAUGAGUUGCCAUGGCGACAAAGGGCCGUACCAGUGCAGUUUUUGCCUCCACGUUUGUGCCGAUCGGUAUGAUUUCACGACGCACAUACAGAGGGGCUUACACAGGUACUCGGACAAAACCUCGCAGCAGAAGAGUCCGAACGACGACAUUCAGGACGCCACGGCAACGUCAGAGCAGGAGUGUCCGAACAUGACAACGGAGGACGAAGACGGAGGCGACCAUCACGAGAUCGCAGAUCAGACCGACGCCGCAGAAGGAACGUGUGAGGACGACCAAGCGAAGGAAAACACAGACAGUGAAGCCCGUGACGACGAAACGGGAGCCGCAGAGGAGGCGGAGGCAGACCAGCGCGACGCGGCAAAGCAGGAGGCAGACGGCGAACAGAUGUCUGAUGUCGGCGACGGCGUCAUGGAGCCCAGCGAGGUCGCGGCUGUCGCCGAGUCUAAAGACACUGACGGAAACUAAAGGAUAUCUGACCCAUGCAAACCUUUAAGAACGUGUUUUUUUUUCUUUUCUUUUUUUGGAUGAAUAAGCUGUGUGCCUUCACGUUCCUGGAGGCGAGCUCGUGUCCGAAUGGGCACAACCCAGGCACUAAGAGAAACCCAUCCUUAUGCUGGAAGCGCUCGGCUGUCAGACUCGGCAGAAGUCACCACAGUAUCUGGCUGAACUACAGCAAGGGGCGCUUUGGAGACAAGAACUUAGCGUCGGCGUCCCGACAUGCAGCUGAAAUUACCUUUAAGAAGCCGCUACUCUCCUCACGAGAGGACUGGAAGCAGGACUGAGAGUUGGACCGAACCUAGGAUUAGUUUGAGGAGCUCAGCACUUGCAUAUCUACCGUACAGCCGAGCAAAAAGACAAAAAACAAAAUAAAAAAAAAAAAAAAAACAAAUAAUGAAACUGAGCUUCUGCAGGCUGCUGGUUCAAACUAGUCUGAUGUAUAUUUCAGAUUGUUAUAUUUUGGUACUGCCAGAUCUGAUCUGGCGUGAACUGCUUUGCUCUUGCACAGUUUUUUUUUUUUCCUUCCCUCUGUGCAAGCGGAUUGAAAUACCAAAAACUAUGCUGACUAUGUAUUACUGGUUAAUUUUAACCAGUUUAGGCUGGGUCGCAGUUCAGUUAGCGUGACUUUAACAUGAUCAAAUUUUUUUUUUUUUUUUUUUUUUUUUAACAAUUAUUUGUUUUUCCGAAACUCGGAUCAAUGCAAAAUCACAAUCGUGGCACGGCGACCCAGAAAGAAACCUGGGCACAUUUGAGUUGACUUCUCUGAACUGCUUAAAGCCAGUUUGAGCUGAUAAAACCGGUGCAUCUCCGGACCGAAGUGUUCUCUUCAUCCAUUUGGAUCAAACCAAGUGACAUUAUUUCUACCUUCCUCUGUGCCAUGAUACUAGCUAUGUGCCUGGCUGCCUACCUAAUAGAACAACCAUCUAUUAACCUGCUUAACAUUUAUAAUAAUAUUAAUAACGGUUAUAAUAAUGAUGAUGAUAAUGAUGUUAUCGUACAAAAAUGCAAUUUGCUACAUUUUCUUAUGUAUGUUAUUUUAUAAAGGCAAAUAAUGCUUCUCUUUGCAGGAAAUGGUACUAUAAGAAUUAGUUUAUUUGAGUUUUUUGUCUUGUUUGAAGCUGUUUGUUGCUUAAGAUGUUAUUGCUUUUAGAAAGCCCCCCCUCUCGGACACGGUACAGCGGAAAGAGGAGGGUUGUGUGCGUGCGUGCGUGCGUGUGCAUUUUGUGUAAUAUCAUUUCUGUGUGGCAGGAUCGAAAGGAUGAAUCCGUCCCCAAACGAUAAUGUAAACAUAAUGAAGGCUUAGUUUUCCAGUCCUCAGGGGUCACACACGUUGCACACCAACCCGCCUGUUUCAGAGCAUGUGACACAUCAACGGUUUUAGCAUGUUGCAUACGUUUCUCUUAGGUUCUCUUUUGCGUUCCUAUCGGGGGAUUUUUUUUGUGUCUGUAGGUCUACAUGGUCUUAGUAUGUAACUUUUUUUUUCCUGUUUGUCUAUGAACUGUUAGGUUACAUGGUUUUACAGAAAAACUUAGCAAUUUAGACGGUAAAACCUUUUCUUUUCCUUCUUUUAUUUUUUUUUUUUUUGUCUUCAAAAAGAUCAAUUGUUGGAAUGGACUGUAUAAAGUUUUGCUCUGUUUUGACUCCACAGAGAUUCUUGCCUACAGUGUUUUUAUCUCAUAUUGCUGAGAGUUUGGUAGGUUACCUCUAUGUAGCAUGUUAGCAUAUUAUUAAGUCUGCUAAAUACAUUGCCUUUUAUGUGGACGGGAGCUGUUACAAGUUAGAUAAUAUCCAGGGAAAAGGAAAAAAAAAAACACAUGAGAAGAAAAUGUAGAGGUAUGUUUUAUAAAUGAAUGAAGUGAAAUUUUGUUGUUGCUUUCAACUCCAGCUAAUCGAUGACACAGUCGCACAUAUCUGCCAUUCUUUGCUGUUUUUAGGUCUUUUUUUUUUUUUUUUUUUUUUUUAAGACCUGCUUUCUCCAUGGAGCAGUUCCGCUCAUCGAGCCUCUUGCCGUUUACGAACAAAUAUCAUCGACAAACCUUUGAUUGUGCGGAACUCAAAAGUCUCCAAGUUCAUUGAAAUAAAACAUUGUGGUGGCCAACUCGUUGAUUUGUACCAACAGAAGAAUAACGUUUCCAGCCUUGCUGCCUUAGUUGCCAGAAAACAAACAUAAAAGAAGCCUUUUUGAGGAACUAAAGAAAGACCGAAUGAUAACAAAAAGACGAGUUAAAGAAAGAGGAAAGGAUAUUUUUCUACGAUAAUUCAAAAGACGUGAAUGGAAUCUAUUUCACGUAGUGCCUGGUUACUUCUACACUUAUAUUUUGUUGAGUUCGGUUCGCUGUCGGUGCAGCUAUGCAGCUGGGAACUGGGACAGUGACGAGUUAAGAUGGUAUUUCCCAGUUUACAGCAUUCACACAACAAGUAGUUAUUAGAAACAUGGCCGUCGACAUGUUGAGGAAUCACAAUACAUGUUGCUACGAAGCUUUAUAGUUACAAACAGCAAAUCUGCUUCGCUGAAAACGGGAAGAGGGAGAGUUAGGAUUUAAGAUGAAAUGUGCACGUGUACGUGCACUGUCACCAAAGCCAUAUUGAAUGACGUGAAAGCCACUGCUCAAACCUCUUCCUUUUCCACUGGGAAGCUCACAGAUGAAUUCUUAUUCGGGAGAUGUGACCUUUCCCACUUUCCAGUUUCUCGUGAACGCAGCGUCUGAGUCAGCGGUCAGGUGAACUUAUUGACUCCCACACACCAAGUUUGUUUGAAUCAUCACAUCUGCCCACAAAGAAGACCCAGCGUCCUUUGCAAUCAAGUAGUCGAUGUUUUUUGGUAUGCAUGCAACACUGCUCCGUAGAACCGAUGAUUUUGCAGGACUUAUGUUCGCCGUCUGAAGCGUCUCGGAGCCUAGAAGUCAGACCUGUAGGUUAUUUGAAACUGUUACGGAAGAUUAUUAUCUGUUUUCAGGAAAAGAAGAAAAAAAAAAUCGCAUUAUCCUCUGAAACCAACGGUUUGGCGAGAUUAAAAGAAAAUAAAUUAUCCACUCUGCUCUGAGCUAAAAAAAAUAAAUAAAUAACUGAGUGUUUGACCAGAGCAAUUAGGAGCGCUUCUUCCUGGUCGAUAACUCUGAGUUAUCUCCAAGCAAUCGCACAUAGGAAGACCUUGCAUUAUCUGUGAAUUGUGGAGUAAUUGAUGAGGAUAUUUACCAGCCAAGCAUUUCAGCGUGUUUCAGAACGCCCAACAGCCGAACACUAGUUAAGUCAGCACUUACACAGUUGUUGAACAGCGAUUUAGGAAGAGCUUACUUCACUCCUCUGUCAUGUUUAUGGAUCUAUUCGUAUCGGGCAUAUCGAAGACUGUUUGACUGUUAGUGAACAGGUACCGAUGUGAUAUCAGACUAUCAGAAAUUUUGUUUUUAUGGGAAAAAUAAAUAGUAAUUUGACUUUUUGUGUUUGUAGAACAAAACCUUUCGGUACCUCUUCGGGGCUGCUAGCAAAAACAAAACUGUUUACAAUGUAGCAAGAAAAAGAGAAAAUGGGGGGAAACAAGACAGAACAAAGGGAUGAGUGCCUUUUUGCCUUUUUUCUUUCUCGUCUUUUCAUCUCCUUCGGCGUCACGUCCAACCUUUUUUCACGCGUUGCUUGAAACACGACACUCCCCACACCGCGCCGCGUCUCGCCUGUAUUUUAUUUACACCCGACGCGACGACCCUGUGCCACUCCUCCACUCCGCAGCGUCCAAUCCGAUCAUAAAUGUAUGAAAGCGUUCUCAGCCAGACGGCAGGUGGUGGAGGUGUUCAACGGGAGCGAGGUGAAUGGGUCACACUGUUCUGCACCCAGGAUGCCCACACACUAGAGCGCCAUGUCUGUUUUAAUUCAAUUGUUUUUUUUUUCUAUACUCGUUUGAAAAUAGUUGUUUCACCAGUCGCAAAAGAAAAAUAUUCUCAUAUUUGGGUCUAUCAAUUUUUGAAGGGAACUGACACUCGCUAAAAAAAAAAAAAAAACAAUUACAUAAAUUCUCUUUGUUUCAAAGACGCUCUUGAGCUCUUCGUGGGAUUUCUGUGAAACGAAAACU